AUGAGCGCCGACGACGACCGACGCAUGAUUGUCGAGACUGAGACCGUGCAGACGCCUGCGCCUAACUUGUUGCCGGUCCAGCAGGAGGAAAAUUCCAAAAAAGACGAGGACGCGCACAGCGUUUCCGAUGAGGCCACUGCGAACCUCAUCGACCACAACCCGCUUUCGAUUCACACCCCAAACGCAGCGGUGCGUAGCAAGAAAUCCAGCUUGCUCAUAGACUCGUUUCUGGGUAAAGAACCCGCGUCGCGACCGGCCAAGCCCUUGGGCGCUCAGGGCGCCAAGAACAAAAAUGCGACCAUGAGCAGCGACCCAGGCGGCAGCGGCGUUGCCACCGCUGGUGUUGACGAGUCCAUAGCGUCUUCAGCUGCCCACGCGUCUGCACAAGCCGCUGACGAGCCCUCGCGGGGAGGCGACUCGCAACUCGGUCAAGAACCCCAAGUCGCUUUGUCCACGGUAACGACCAACAACGACGACCUUGUGCCCGACUCAGACCACACACAUCGCCGAUCGCGCGACCCACCCGCGAAGAAAGCCGAUUUUUUCGCCGCAAGGCUCGCAUCUGCGGUCGGUGAAAACGAAAUUAGCGAUUCAGAAGAGACUUUUGUCUACGAAUCGACCGCUAACUCUACCAAUAACGGUGUUGCCGCUUCCAGUAGUGCAGAUCCGCGACCCUAUGGCAUCCCGCCCAAGAUGAGCGCGCCUUUGCUCAACAACGGCGUCGUCGCGUCCAAAAAAUUGCUCAACCGCGCCAAGGGGACCCGUCACACCAGUAUCGCCGCGAUCCCACAUACAGACCACCACGCUCCACCACAAGACGAUACUUUCAGCGUCACGUCGGCCUCCAAGCCUCAAACUGCUGCUGCGGGCCUUCCAGGAGCACCAACUCUAGGAGCGGGUACUGCAGUCGGCAACCCGAUUAGUCCUGCAGUGGCUGGCGCGGUUGCACCGACCACCCCCUCAGAGCUCAAAUCCGAACGGUCGCGCACUACGUUGCACGCGUCACCUGGUAAACGACUUUCGCUGCUGUCACUUGCACAAAACGGCGCUUCACUGCCCAACCGCGCCGCUGCCAGAAAAAUCUCAACACACUCAGCCGCUGCCGCAGCUGCUGCCGCCGCACGCCGUAAGAAACCGCUCAAGCGUCAGCUCCGUACCACUGCGUCCAAGAUUUUCGAUGCGCAUGGCGCGUCACUUCGACGCUAUUCUGGCGUGCCUGACGAUAUCAACCUGGAAGACUACAUUGAACAAACUGGUGGGGAACUCACGCCAAACCGAUUCGCAUAUCGUUCGGACUCGGAUUACGACGACGAUGCGCUCAGUUACAUUCACAAUGCGGACAACGAUGAAGAAGACGCACAUUCCAUGUUUUACUAUCAGCAUCCAAAGCCAGACCUAGAGGCAAGACACGCACCUCCCGGGUACCCAGAAGAGACCGUAAGCGAUCGGGGUGUCGACGACUACACUCAAAUGGCUUUGUUGCCGGAGGGUUAUUUCUAUCAUUCCGCCACAGAAAACACACCUUUGCGACAUAAGAAUUCUCUUUACAGUACGGGAUACUCCCCACACAAUUUCUACACCAAGAAGUCGACCUGGGUACGACUUAAAAACUUUUUUAUUUUGCAUUCGUGGUGUCGUUUUUACUCACCAUGGGGUUCAUUUCGGGUUUUCUGCUCGCUACUAACAAAGAACUGCACGAUCUCGAACUCACACGACUCACGUCAGUGCUCACUAGCGCAGACGAACUUGUGUUUGAUGUCAUUGCUACUGCUUAUAAUCCGGGGUUUUUCGCAGUGGAAAUACAAGACGUGGCGCUGGACAUUUUUGCUAAAAGUUCGCAUAUCAAUUCUCUGGGAGAUACACCAGCAGCAAGCGGUAGUGCCCAGUAUGAAACAAUUCUCCUUGGUAAUGUCCAGACUUUGGAGACACCUUUACAAUUCCGGGGCGGAUUCUUUCGACACAACUACGAUAUGUCGCGCUCCAGCGUUAAGCUUGUGUCACCAGGGUCAGAUGAGGAUAGCACACCGGGCAAAAAUGAACUAUAUCUCGCCCCCGCCGCAGUUGAAGACGGUGCCAAGCUUUGGCGAAAAUUGA